AUGGCCUGCAAAUUCGCCGGUCACGACGCGGCGGAGAAAUUCCUCGAACUCGGCAUGGAUCCCAAUCUCCGACAGAGAGAAACGGGCGACACGCCGCUACUCUUGGCUUCGUUGGCCGAAGACGACGAUUCACGAACGAUCGAGUUGUUGCUGAGAAACGGCGCCGAUCCGAAUGCAGCCAAUCUAAGCGGAUGGACGCCUCUUCACAAGUUGUGCUGGUACGGUAGCCCCGACAGGAUCGAGAGGUUUUUGAAGGUCUGCGACGAAGUCCGGCAGGAGGUGCAUAUCGACGCCGGGGACGAAGAGGGUCGGACGCCGCUGCUUUUGGCUCUGGAGUUGCGCCGAAAGGAGGCGUUCGAAUUGCUGCUGAGACGUGGCGCCAAUCCGAAUCUGGCCGACGAGGAUGGAAGGACACCUCUUCACGUUAUCUGCAAAAGAGACCGCCACGAUGAAUUCGCCCGGAUCUUGUUUGAGAUCUGUGAUGAAAUGCAGCUGACGGUCCAAGUUAACACCCGAGAUUAUGACGGUAAGACACCAUUGCAGUUGGCCGUGGCGAAUCUAUCGCCAGAAAUCGUCGAUGUACUCUUGAAUCGUGGCGCAGAUAUGUCCAACUGCUUUUUUCCGACUUCAAUUGAUACGAAACCUGGAUAUAAUUUAGCCAGAAUAGCGUCUGGUGCCCUGGCCGUAGCCGAACAUCUCGAGACAAGAGGAUAUCGCUUCAGCCGAAGCGACGCCCUGACGAUCAUGAAAUUCUUUGCUAAACACGAUUUGUUCGACGAGUCAUCGGAUCUUGAAAAAUCUCUGCGCCAUGAUCAGGAGUUCACAAACAACGCCAAAGAGAUAAUGAUCGUUCCGAGUCUGUCGCUCUACGAUCUGAUCCACUUAGGACCCAAAGAGGAGGAAGAGCUACUCACGUAUACAGACUACUUCGUGCUCUUGCUUCGCAAUAAAUUGUGGAGGAUCCCAGAAAGGCACCAAGAGAAUUGUAUUUUGCAUCUGUGUGAAAAACUAUCGAGAGGAUUUUUUCGACGCUGGGCCCUGGACCCGUUCUUCGAGUUGAUCCACAAACGGCUGCCGCUUCUCUGUUGCGAGAUGGUCCUGAAGAACCUGGACAAUCGAGAUUUGUGCAAUAUCUGCUUGGCGGCUGCAGGCCAAGCCUCGCGAUAA